AUGUCUAUUGACUUUUCAAAGAAAUUUUCUAACGCAACGAACAAUGUUUUUGAAGAAAUUGUUAAUAUAGACUUCUCUGCGGUCGAAGUAAUUAUGGAACAUGCAAUUUCAUGCCGUGAAGUGGCAUAUUCGAUUCAAACAAACCCAGCUUUUGAAUUUCAUGGUUGUCAGAUAUCAACAAGUUUACAUGAAUUUAGAGACAAAUUGAUAACAGCAGAUUCUUCAUUACGAAAUGUGUACGACAAAAGUAGUGUGGUAUGUGAAUCAUUUGAAACAGAAAUCGAAACAAUGAUAAAAAUCAUGAAACGAAAAGGUGAAACUCAAUAUUUUAAGAAGAGGUUGAAUAAAUUAUUAACCAAAAUUAAGGAUCUCCGACGAUUAGUAGAAAAAUCUCAUAGAUUAAUACUUGACGCUAAAGAUAAUAAGCAUAAUAUCGAAGGUAAUAUUGAGAAGGGAUUAAGUGGUGCCGAAAAGUUUUGUUACAAUAAUGAACGAUAUUUGGCUGAUAUCGAUAAAGCUAAGGAAAAACUUGUGAUUGUCGAGGAUAGUUUAUACAAUUUACAUGAUACUUCUCAUCUUUUAUCUAAAAUGAAGUCAAUUUUGAUGGGUUAUGAAGAUAUAUUAUUAGAGAUUACUUCUGAAGUUUAUGGUGAGAAUUCAUUUGAAGUUACUAGAGCUGAUCUCAAUUCUUUAAACCUUGCUAUUGAUAAAUUAAAAGUAUGUCAUUAUAAAUUUACUCAGAGAUACGAAGUUUGA